UAUGCACACCAAACGACAACUCAUUACAGCAGUUGGCGGCGUCGCCAACACAGCGAACGCGCAACUAGGUCGCGCACGCGCGCGCUCAAGUAUUUGGACCCACAUGCUCGUUCGCAGAGCUCAGUCAGCAUUUGACUCAGUAGUGGCAAGGGAUCUAGGAUUUCCACUUGUCAGUGGCUCCCCGAUAUCGCAUUUAAGUGCAUCCCCAAGCUAAAAUGUCAAAGUUGGAGCAAGUUCUGAUUCUUGACCCCCCUGCCGACCUGAAAUUUAAAGGUCCCUUCACAGAUGUCGUCACCACAAACCUCAAAUUGAAAAACCCCUCAGACAGAAGAGUAUGUUUCAAAGUGAAGACGACUGCGCCGCGUCGGUACUGUGUACGGCCGAACAGCGGAGUCAUCGAACCUGGAGCCACCGUCACCAUCUCCGUUAUGCUACAGCCCUUUGAUUACGACCCAAAUGAGAAGAGUAAACAUAAAUUCAUGGUUCAAACAAUCUUUGCCCCAGCAAAUGUGACUGACAUGGAUGCUUUGUGGAAAGAUGCGAAGCCCGAUGAUCUCAUGGAUUCCAAGCUGCGAUGCGUCUUUGAGCUUCCUUCUGAAAACGAUAAAGUGAACGACGUGGAGGACAUCAAGGCGACCCCGGUGCUGAACUCGGCCAAGUCUGACGGGCCCCUGUCCUCCAUGGCGGCGGCCAAGCCCAGCGGAGGAGCCCCCGACGACCCGGAGAUGAAGAGGGUGCUGACCGAGUGCAAGCGGCUGCAGAAUGAGAUGAGCAAGAUGGCGGAGGAGAACAUGAAGCUCAAGGACGACGGCGUCAGGAUGAGGAAAGCAGCCCGCUCAGACCACAUGACCUCAAACUCUAGCGCCCUCCUGGGCCGAGAAAGCAGCAGCAGCACCACCUCCCUGCCCUCCCUCCUCGUUGUGAUAGCGGCCAUCUUCAUCGGUUUCUUCCUAGGGAAGUUCAUCUUGUAGACUGGGAGACGCAUGCCAGCCGUAUCCCCCUGCCCCCCCCCCCCCCUUGGCCCUCCCCUCCUCCAACCGCCCCCGGCUCCGUAAUCAUUAAUGGCCGGGGAGGGACCGAGAAGUCUUUUCUGUUGACUUUGCCAUAUCAUUGGUUGUGCGGUCGCCAAGUGUACACGUCUGUACAGCAUCGUUCCAGGGGUGUGGCCUUUUUUUUACAAUUCCUCACACACGGUUAGUACACACACAGAAUCCGGAAAAAAAAAAGUGAAACUGAGGUUGUCCCCUUUUGUUCCCUGUUUUAUUUAAUGGCUGGAUGUACAGGAAAUCUAGAGGGUGUUUAAAUAAAGUUGUACACUAUCAAUAUGGAGGACGGUGGAGAUGCACCUAGAGUGACCUUGGGCCAGAUGCAGUUGAAUAAAAGAAAAAAAGAUCGGUUCUCUCGCUCACUUUAUCUCUCUGUCUCUCCGUUUUAAUAGGAAUUGAUUGGAAUGGUAGCUGUCUUGUAAAUGUUAUUUUAAUUUGUUUUACGAAAAACAGAACUUCCAUCAAAAUAAAAGACCUUGCCACUCGUUGCUGGAUUGCCUCUGAAGUCAAAUUCAGUUUGUUCAUUUUGUAAUUUCUACUUCUUUCGGAAUGUUUGAAUCCAGCUGGGGGUAUAGGUGCCUCCUUCCUUGUACAUUUCUCUCCUUUCCUAUCCCUAACAACACGAAUGCAAACUUUAUAUAUUAUUUCUUUUUUUCUUAAUAUAAAUCAUAUAUUCCUUAUGAGGCAAAUGUUGACUGAGAUAUAAGCUCUCCAUUCUUACAACUCUGUCCUAUGGUAUUACGCAUUGAAGAAAUAAAAAAUGAAAAAAAGUGG